AUGGCUUCCUUUCAGCACUUGACUGUUCUUGAAGAGUCCCAAGUAUCCCCACCAGUUGCAACCGUAGGUGAUAGGUUGUUGUCACUGACUUUCUUCGACUUCAUGUGGCUAAGGUUACCUCCUAUUCACCUUCUAUUCUUUUAUGAACUCUCCAACAUCACACAAACUCAAUUCACUGAAACAAUUAGUCCAAAUCUAAAGCACUCCUUAUCAAUCACCCUUCAACAUUUUUUCCCUUUCGCUGGUAAAUUGUUCGUAUAUCCUACUUCUACUCAAAAGCCCGAAAUCCGUUAUGUUGAAGGUGAUUCUGUCACAGUUACUUUCACAGGAUGUAAUCUUGAUUUCAACGAACUAACUGGAAACCAUCCUCGUGACUGUGAGAUGUUUUACAAUCUAGUACCUCUAUUGGGCCAGGCUGAUAAAACUUCUGAUUCCACAAAGAUCCCGGUGUUCUCCGUUCAAGUGACACUUUUUCCAAACUCUGGAAUCUCUAUUGGAAUGACUAAUCACCAUUGCUUGUGUGAUGCUAGCAUGAAUAUUCUUUUCUUGAAGGCCUGGACAUCGAUUGCUCGAUUUGGUUCCGACAAGUCUCUUCUAGCUAAUGGAACUUUGCCAUUUUAUGGUAGAGUGAUCAAAAACGCUAAAUUAGAUGAAAAUUAUCUGAAGUUUGCGAAUCUUGAGAGUUUUAAAGAAGAGUAUCAACCUUCGAAACUAUAUGGACCAACUGAUAAAGUUCGAGCCACUUUUAUCUUGCCUUGGUUAGUGCUAAAUAGGAUGAAAACUUUGGUUUCAACCCAAUUACCAACAUUAGCAUAUGUAUCAUCUUUUACGGUGGCAUGUGCUUAUAUCUGGAGUUGCAUAGCAAACACAUGCAAGGAGGAGCUGCAAGUAUUUCGUUUCCUCAUAGAUUGUAGGGCACGUAUGAAUCCCGCAAUCCCUGCUGCCUACUUUGGUAACUGUGUAAUUGGAGGGUGUAAGGCUACUGAAAACACCACACUGUUAACCGGAAGAGAAGGGUUCGUGACUGCUGCAAAGUUACUUGGAGAAAGUGUACAUAGGAUGUUGACCGAUAAAGAUGGUGUUGUUAAAGAGAUAGAGUCAUUCGAGGACUUAUCUUCCAAUAGGAUUCCAACAACAAUCAUUGGGGUUUCUGGAACACAAAAGAUCAAGUUUUAUGACACUGAUUUUGGGUGGGGCAAGCCCAAAAAGUUCGAAAUAGUUUCUAUUGAUUAUAAUGGAUCGAUAUCCAUGACAGCCUGUAGAGAAAAUGAUCAAGAUAUGGAGAUUGGUGUUUGCCUUCCAACAACUGAGAUGGAAUCUUUGAUUCGUAUCUUUGAAAAAGGAUUAGAAGCAUAUAUCGAUUUUGAGUGUCGUCGUUUGUGAAUACUAUAACUUCAACUUGCUUAUCUCUCCAUUUCUUGUUUCUUUUCAAUGAGUGACUUGGGCCUUUGGUAAUUGUGUAAUAUCUCAAUAUAUGAUUAUAUGGUUUUUGUUUUAAGUUUAUGUAUGUCAUCACUAUUAACUUUGGAUA